AUGGCCGGAGCGGGGGCUGGUGGUAUGGUGGGUGUGGAAUUGACCGAUUUUGUGUUCAUCUUGAACUCUGCAGCGGCAGUUAAGUCAUUCUCAGAGUUUGGUACGGUUACUCUGGGUGGGAAUAUUUCGGUGUCAGCUGGGCCGUUGGGCAGAAAUGCAGAGGCAGCGGCGAGCGCUUCCGCUGGCGGUGUUUCAUCGGUUUUUGCGUACUCGAAGAGCAAGGGCCUGUUUGCCGGUGUCUCGGUGGAGGGGUCUGUGAUCGUGGAGAGAAGAGAGGCUAACAGGAAGUUUUACGGUGACAGUUGUACGGCCAAGAUGAUUCUGUCGGGCCGGAUAAGACCGCCGCCGGCCGCAGACCCGCUGUUCCGUGUUCUGGAGUCUCGCGCGUUCAACUAUAGAUCUGCCAUGCCUGCGGAUGACUACGACGAUUAUUACGACGACAUACCGGACUCGUUCGACUCUUCGGAUGUUUCUUCCACUAGACCGACAACAAAGUCGACGAGACAAAGGAGAAGUGGGUCUCGUAGCUACUUUGAUGACGACGACUUCGACGAUGACCACGACAGCGACGGCAACGGCUACAGUGGUCGCCGCGGCAGCCGUGGACGGGAAAGUUACGAUGAUGACUUCAGUGACCCUUCCGGCGCGAAUGAGUACUAUAGAAGCUAUAGAAGACAGGGCGCUCGGUCUCCGCGCCAUACCAAUACCCGCUGGGAAGACGAUGUUUUUGAUCGGGACAACGAUGUGGAUGAUUUGUCGAACAGGUUCUCCAAAUCGAGAAUCUCCUCCAGCGCAGCAGGGAACGCACGGGUGUCGAGACCAGUAUCGGAAAAGCCAGACUUCGGCUCCCUUUCAUCGUCGAACACUCCUAAAGCUGUUGCUCUGUACAGCUUUGCUGGAGAGGAAUCUGGAGAUCUUCCCUUCAGAAAGGGUGACGUUAUCACCAUUCUGAAAAAAUCGGAAUCGCAAGAUGACUGGUGGACUGGUAGAGUGAAUGGUAGAGAAGGUAUCUUUCCUGCAAACUAUGUGGAACUCGUUUGA